CUCCGCAGCUCAUCAGGGGCCUGAUAAUGACAGGAUGGCGGAGGCAGGGGGACCGGAGUCCACUACGGCCCGGUGUCCGGACGAGUCAUCGGACAGCGAGCCUGAACAGGAGCCCGGAUCUCCACAGAAACUCAUUCGGAAAGUAUCCACGUCCGGUCAGAUCCGCAGCAAGACCGUUUUGAAGGAAGGGACGCUUAUGAAACAGACCAGCUCCUUUCAGCGCUGGAAGAGACGAUACUUCAAGCUAAGAGGAAGGACUCUGUACUACGCUCAGACCAGUAAGUCGAUCAUCUUUGACGAGGUGGACCUGACGGACGCCAGCGUGGCCGAAUCCAGCACCAAGAACGUCAACAACAGCUUCACUGUGAUCACCCCCUGCAGACGCCUCAUUCUGUGUGCUGACAACAGGAAGGAGAUGGAGGAAUGGAUGGCAGCGCUGCGCAGCGUCCAGAACAGACAGAACUAUGAGGUCAGGCUUGUUUACCCACCAGCAAACAACAGCUGUGCCCUAGUUUGUUCAGCUCACCGUGUCUCCGUCUCCCAGUCCACGCAGUACAGCAUGGAUCACUUCAGCGGGAUGCACAACUGGUACGCCUGCUCCCACGCCAGACCCACAUACUGCAACGUGUGUAGAGAGGCUCUGUCAGGAGUCACAUCCCACGGCCUGUCCUGUGAAGUGUGUAAGUUUAAGGCUCAUAAGCGCUGCGCGGUCCGAGCCACCAACAACUGUAAGUGGACAACUCUGGCUUCUAUCGGGAAGGACAUCAUCGAGGAUGAGAACGGGGUGUCCAUGCCUCAUCAGUGGCUGGAGGGGAAUCUUCCCGUCUCAGCUAAGUGUAGCGUCUGUGAUAAGACGUGCGGCAGCGUCCUCCGGCUGCAGGACUGGAGGUGUCUGUGGUGUAAAGCCAUGGUUCACUCAGGCUGCAAGGAGCAGUUGUCGUCCAAGUGUCCUCUGGGUCAGUGUAAAGUGUCCGUCAUUCCUCCAACGGCACUCAACAGCAUCGAUUCAGAUGGGUUCUGGAAGGCGUCCUGUCCUCCGUCCUGCACCAGUCCUCUGCUGGUUUUUGUAAACUCGAAAAGUGGAGACAAUCAGGGCGUGAAGUUCCUGCGCCGUUUCAAACAGCUGCUGAACCCGGCGCAGGUGUUUGACCUGAUGAACGGAGGACCUCACCUGGGUCUGCGACUUUUCCAGAAGUUUGACACGUUCCGGAUCCUGGUUUGUGGAGGAGACGGCAGCGUCGGGUGGGUUCUUUCUGAGAUCGAUGCCCUGACGCUUCACAAACAGGUACCAAAUUGUCAGCUGGGCGUUCUUCCUCUCGGAACCGGGAACGACCUGGCUCGGGUUCUGGGCUGGGGCUCGGCCUGCGACGACGACACGCAGCUUCCUCAGAUACUGGAGAAACUAGAGAGAGCUAGCACCAAGAUGCUGGACAGAUGGAGCAUAAUGGUCUAUGAGACAAAGUUUCCACGGCAACACUCCGCCUCCACUGUCACAGAGGACUGCAGUGAUGACUCUGAGGUCCAGCAGAUUCUAACCUAUGAGGACUCGGUCGCUGCUCACCUCACAAAGAUCCUGACCUCAGACCAGCAUUCAGUCGUCAUCUCCUCAGCCAAAGUUCUGUGCGAGACCGUGAAGGACUUUGUGGCCCGUGUUGGUAAAGCGUAUGAGAAGAACACGGAGAAUUCAGAGGAGUCUGAGGCCAUGGCCAAGAAGUGCGGCAUUCUGAAGGAGAAACUCGACUCACUGCUGAAGACUCUGAACGAGGAGUCUCAGGCCUCAUCGCUGCUCCCUCCCGCUCCUCCGCCUACCAUCGCUGAGGAACAGGAGGAGCUGGAGGUGGCCGGUCUGCCUCCUCCGCUUCAUCCCGCCCCUCCUUCGCACCCCACCUGUUCGCCGCGUACAACACCCCCUCCAUCCACAGCAGCCGCUAUUUUCAAACCUCGGGAGCAGCUGAUGUUGAGAGCCAACAGCCUGAAGAAGGCGAUCCGACAAAUUAUCGAGCACACGGAGAAAGCUGUGGACGAGCAGAACGCUCAGACCCAGCAGCCGCAGCACAUGUUCUCCGUGGGUCCGGCUGAGCAGCAGGUGGGUCUGGUGGAAGAAGAGGAUGAGGAAGAGUGUGACGAGGAUAAGACGUCCCUGCAGUCGUCUUUUAGUGCCAAGCUGCGUAGCAGCCGCAGAGUCAGCAAGACGCCGUGUGAAAAACUGAUCCAAAAAGCCAUCCUGCCACUGGGGAGCUCCGCUUCACUUCCUGCCCACACAGGAUGCAGAGACAACAUGCCAAUGCUUAAUACAAAGAUCUUGUAUCCAGGCUCUCUGACGAGCAGCUCGGUCAUCAGUCGGCUGCUGGUCAACGCCGACCCGUUCAGCUGCGACGCCGACAACAUGGACUGCUACACAGAGAAGUGCGUCAUGAACAACUACUUUGGCAUCGGGCUGGAUGCUAAGAUCACCCUGGACUUUAACAACAAAAGAGACGAGCACCCAGAAAAAUGCAGGAGCCGUACCAAGAACCUGAUGUGGUACGGUGUGUUGGGAACCAAAGAGCUGCUGCACAGAACCUACAAGAACCUGGAACAGAGAGUCCUGCUGGAAUGUGACGGGCGGUCCAUCCCCCUCCCCAGUCUGCAAGGAAUCGCCGUGCUCAACAUCCCAAGUUACGCAGGAGGAACCAACUUCUGGGGCGGAACCAAGGAGGACGAUACCUUCACUGCGCCAUCAUUCGAUGAUAAGAUCCUGGAGGUGGUUGCCGUGUUCGGCAGCAUGCAGAUGGCCGUAUCAAGAGUCAUCAACCUGCAGCACCACCGCAUUGCCCAGUGUCGAACAGUGAAGAUCACCAUCCUUGGGGACGAAGGUGUUCCAGUCCAGGUGGACGGGGAGGCCUGGAUUCAACCUCCCGGAUACAUUCAGAUCAUACACAAGAACCGGACCCAGACCUUGACCAGAGACCGGGCCUUUGAGAACACCCUGAAGUCCUGGGAGGACAAACAGAAAUGUGAGUUCCCUCAGCCCCAGCCCUCCCUGCCCCCCCAGCCAGAGAACGUCUCUGAGGAGGAGGCCUUGCUGGUCAGUGAGUUUGGCCGGGCAGCUGGAGCCCUCAUCCACAGUAUCCGGGAGGUGGCCCAGUUCCAUCACAGCAUGGAACAGGAACUGGCUCACGCUGUUAACGCCAGCUCCAAAGCCAUGGAUGUGGUCUACGCUAAGAGCUCCGAGGCUCUCAGCUGCAGCUCUGUGGUUAAUAUGGUCAGCGACGUCAAGGCUUUGCUCAGCGAGACCGAAUUGCUCCUGGCUGGAAAGAUGUCCAUGCAGUUGGACCCUCCUCAGCAGGACCAGCUAAAUGCAGCUCUGGGUUCUGUGGCUCAGGAGCUCCGUCGGCUAUCUGAUGUCCCCUGGUUGUGUCCCGUCAUCGACCCAUCGGACCCGGAGGGUCUUCUGGUGGAUUUCUCCAAACGGAGUCAAAGUGGAAAAUUUCGUCUCGUCUCAAAGUUCAAGAAGGACAAAAACAACAAGAACAAAGAGAUGUGCGCCACCCUGUCCCUGCCAGUUCACCAGUGGGGGACCGAGGAAGUGGGGGCUUGGUUGGACUUCCUCUGUCUUUCUGAGUAUAAGGACAUUUUUACUGGUCAUGAUGUCCGUGGAGCUGAGCUGAUCCACCUGGAGAGGAGGGACCUGAAGGACCUUGGAGUGACGAAGGUCGGCCACAUGAAGAGGAUCCUACAGGCCAUCAAGGAGCUUACGAGGAACAGCAGCGCCAGCGAGGCCUAACUACCUCCAGGAACUGCUGCCUGCUGUCCUUCUACCUCUGCUGCCUUUCUCCACCGCCCAGAAACCAGGCCCAAAACCCCAGGUCUAGAACCGGUGCUCAGCAAAAUGGAAACCAGCAUUUCACAGGAACCAGCCGGUUCUCCCCGAAAGAAAAGGACCAAUCAAAUGAUCCACUAGUGCCUUUACAUUCCAACCAGAACCAACCGGCCCAACUCAGAGCCUGCAGCCGGCCCGGUUCUCAGUGAAAAAUCUCCAGAUCAGAACCAUCUAAUCUAUUCUAAUCAGAUCAAUCUGUUCCAUCUCUGACCAUCUCCUUAGAAUCAGUUUCUGAACAGUCAGAAGCUGUUUUUUCUUCUGAGUGCUAAAGACUGUCAACUGAUCCGGUUCUGAUCCGCUUUGCUGGGCUGUAAUUCCUUGGUUGAAUCCUUAAGUAAUCCUGAAGAACAUGAACUCCUUGUGUUGCGUUCAGGUUCUGAUGGAUUUCUGAACGAGCUGCUCACAGGUUUACUAUCUGAAGUAAAUAAAACUCCUGAAAGUGUGUUUGGAGACCAAACAGAACCACAGACUGGGUCUGAACUCUGUUUAUAUUUUCUUAUGAACGACUUUUAGAUGGUGGAGAUUUUUCACAGACUGAACCAGAACCCUGACCGGGUUCUAGCUGGGCCAGGCCAGCUGCAGCUCUAUGAGCCAAAUUCUGGACUGGAGUGAGCUGGAACCAAACCACGGUGAUGCUCCAUUAUCACUCGGAUCCCGCUCUGGUUUACCCUCUACGGAACAUCGUAACCCAGCUGAUUCUUUAGAACCUCCUUCCGUUUCAUCUUUUGGACCAGGAUCCAGCAGAACCCUUUAAACAAGAG